AUGACAGGCCAGGCAGCUGAGAGAGAUCUGUCCCCCCACCGCCUCUCAGUGAAGACCACCUUAGAGGAGGAGAUAGAGAGAACUGAGAGUAUGCUCAGCAGGGUGCCAUCAGUUUGUGACGACACAUCCUCUGAGCUGCAAAGAGUCGCUGCUCUUGAUCCUCAAGGAGGCAAUUCCAGAAAUUCUUUUCGAAGACGGGGAGCUAUCUCAAGACUGGUGAGCCUGGUGGUGACGUUGAGAGAAUGGGCACACAGGAGCCUGUUGGAGGAGGAGGAGCGACCUGACUCUUUCCUGGAGCGCUUUCGUGGGCCUGAGCUGAGGAUCGCCCCCAGCCGCAUCAGCAAUACGCAACUGGAUGCCAAUGACAACGGUUCCAAAGGGAUCAUGAAGAAAAAGUGGGAUGUGUUUGUGGUGUCCCCAUCAGAUGACGCAUACUACCGCUGGCUAUUUGUCAUUGCCACAGCUGUCCUCUACAACUGGAUCCUUGUUGUGGCUAGGGCAUGCUUUGACAAGCUACAAGUGGGCAAUUAUAUCUGCUGGCUGGUUCUGGAUUAUCUCUCUGACCUUGUGUACAUAAUGGACACUUGUGUCCGACUUCGCACAGGGUUCCUGGAACAAGGCUUGCUGGUGAAGGAUCAUGCCAAGCUGAGAGACAGCUACAUCCGCACAUUUCAGUUCAAGCUAGAUGUGGUGUCCAUCCUGCCCACUGAUCUGGCUUACAUCACCACAGGCAUCCACACACCGCAGCUCAGAUUCAACCGGCUGCUGCGCUUCCCACGCAUGUUUGAGUUCUUUGACCGUACCGAGACACGCACCAACUACCCCAACAUCUUUCGCAUCUGCAACUUGGUGCUCUACAUCCUGGUCAUCAUUCACUGGAACGCCUGCAUCUACUUUGCUAUAUCAAAGUCUUUGGGGUUUGGCUCCGAUACAUGGGUGUACCCGAACACCUCCAACCCUGAGUUUGGCUCCCUGACUCGGGGUUAUGUCUACUGUCUGUACUGGUCGACCCUUACUCUUACCACCAUCGGAGAGAUGCCUGCUCCGGUGCGAGAUGAAGAGUACCUCUUUGUGGUCUUUGACUUUCUUGUUGGGGUGCUGAUCUUUGCCACAAUUGUGGGAAACGUAGGCUCCAUGAUUGCCAACAUGAAUGCCACACGUGCAGAGUUUCAGGCUCGCAUUGACGCUAUCAAACACUACAUGCACUUCCGCAAAGUCAGCAGAGAGCUGGAGUCGCGUGUCAUUAAAUGGUUUGACUACCUCUGGACGAACAAGAAAGCCGUAGAUGAGCAGGAGGUGCUAAAAAACUUGCCCAACAAAUUGCGGGCCGAGAUUGCAAUCAAUGUCCAUUUGGAGACCCUAAAGAAAGUUCGCAUCUUUCAAGACUGUGAAGCAGGACUAUUAGUGGAGCUGGUGCUCAAACUCCGCCCACAGGUCUACAGUCCCGGGGACUACAUCUGCCGGAAAGGAGAUAUAGGAAAGGAAAUGUACAUCAUCAAAGAGGGGAAACUGGCAGUGGUGGCUGACGAUGGGGUUACACAAUACGCCCUCCUCACUGCUGGCAGCUGCUUUGGGGAAAUCAGCAUUCUUAAUAUAAAGGGCAGCAAAAUGGGUAAUCGUCGGACGGCCAACAUCCGCAGCAUCGGUUAUUCUGAUCUCUUCUGCCUCUCUAAGGACGACUUGAUGGAAGCGGUAACUGAGUACCCAGAUGCUAAGAAGGUGCUUGAGGAGAGGGGCCGGGAGAUCCUGAUGAAAGAGGGUCUCCUGGAUGAGAAUGCAGAGAGUGGCGGGCUGGGGAAAGAGGACACAGAGGAGAAGGUGGAGAGGCUGGAGUCCUCUCUGGACACGCUACAGACUCGCUUUGCCCGCCUGCUCAGUGAAUACACAGCCACUCAACAGCGGCUGAAGCAGCGGGUCACUGUUUUAGAGCGGCAGCUGAAUCGCACAUGCUGCGGUGCCUUGGCAGAUGAUGACAUGGACACAGAUGCAGAGGCGGUCACAGGGACAGACGCCGCGCCUGUUGCCAACACAGAAGGGUCUACACAUGGAAACAAUGUGCAAACUAAGCCUCAAGGGAAAGAAGUCCUAGGAGAGAUGGUACGAGGUGAUUUGCUGGAGUUCACACCCACACAGCUGGCUGGAGCAUCUCAGCCCAGAAUUCCUACAGGCCUGCCCAAUGAGGACUUGCCCUGGUCUCCAUAA